AUGCAGCACCACCAAUGCUGCCUGUGCAAGAGCCUGCAAAUCUGCUGGGAAGAAAGAUGCACCUACACCAGUAUCCUCGGCCAGGCUAACAUCCCCAGCAUCGAGGCGCUGAUCGUCCCUGAUCGGCUACAAUGGGCUGGGCGCAAUGCAGACAGCUCUCCUGCAAAUCAUUCUGCCAAUUCAAGCCAGUCUCUGCUAGGCCGAGCCUUUGUGGACAAGACUGUUGUAGCUGCUAGUAAGAAGGUACAAGAGGAGAUGCAAGUCAGUGCUCUGUCAGGCCCGUGGAUUAUUAGGACAUGUGGUGCUAGUGGGCCCAAAGGACCAACACAGACCCAGUGCAACAAUGCUUACAGGAAUACGAGUACCUCUGUGGUGGUUGUAGCUAAAGGUUCUUGGAAGGGCAUUCAGAAAUGGAGAGUGCCAUCAACAGACACAUACAAGAUAUCAGCAUACGGAGCUGCUGGAGGCACAGGAGGGAAGGGAAACUUUAGAAGAUUUCAUGGUGUGUUAGUACAAGCCAUUUUCCAACUAGAAAAAGAUCUAAUUCUGUACAUAUUGGUUGGACAACAGGGAGAAGAUGCUUGUCCGAAUGUAAAUCCCACCAUCCAGAGUGUUUGCUUGGGAGAGAAUAAUGUGAUUGAGGAGGAGUUAAAAGCAAACGGCAAUGUCACUGAGUGGGCAGGAGGUGGAGGAGGAGGUGGAGGAGCCACAUUUAUCUUCAAGAUGGAUAAUGGAGAACCAGUACCACUGCUGAUAGCAGCAGGUGGAGGUGGCAAAGCCUAUUUAAGUAAAGACUCCAGUUUCCCAGAAGAGAUGCUCGAAACCGAUUCCACUGUUCCUGGUUUGAAUGGGAGGUCAGGUGCUGCAGGGGGUGGUGGUGGUUGGAGUGACAUCACUAUCCCACCAUGGUCUGGCAAAUCACUGACUGAAGGAGCUGAAGGUGGUCAAUCCUGCCCACAGGCCAUCAAGAAGUGGGGCUGGAUAACACAUGGAGGUUUCGGAGGAGGAGGAGGAGCUUGUACGGCAGGGGGAGGUGGUGGAGGCUAUACAGGUGGGAAUGCAACUGAGAAUAAUCAUCCUGAAAAAGAUGGUGGCUGUGGUGUUUCUUAUAUUAGUCCAUUGGGUGAAAUCUACACCCCACCACUAGCAGUGACAGAAAGCCACGGGGAGGUUGAAAUUGUGCUGCAUUUAAAUUGCAGCCACUGUGAACAUAAUGACUGUGUAUUUGACCAUAUGAAAGAAGAACUCAUCUGUUUGUGUGAAUCAGGAAAAAUAUUGGCUUCUGACAGUGUUACCUGCAUUUUACCCCCGGAGGGGCACCUGCCACUCUCCCUUGUGCUUUCGGUCGUGUUGUCGGUUGUGGUAGCGGCCUUGCUUCUCGCCUUCUCAGGAAUCAUGAUUGUAUAUCGCCUCAAACACCAAGAACUGCAAGCCAUGCAGAUGGAACUGCAAAGUCCUGAUUACAAGCUCAGCAAGCUGCGAACUUCAACCAUCAUGACCGACUACAAUCCGAACUACUGCUUUGCUGGAAAAACUACUUCCAUCAGUGAUCUCAAAGAAGUUUCCCGCAAAAACAUUGUCCUCAUACGUGGCCUGGGACAUGGAGCAUUUGGCGAGGUUUAUGAAGGUCAAGUGACCGGUGUUCCAGGCGAACCCAGCCCUUUGCAAGUUGCUGUGAAGACUUUGCCUGAGGUGUGUUCGGAACAGGACGAGUUGGAUUUCUUGAUGGAGGCCCUGAUAAUUAGUAAAUUCUGCCACCAGAAUAUCGUGCGAUGUAUAGGAGUCAGCCUGCAGGCUCUUCCUCGCUUCAUUCUACUAGAGCUGAUGGCAGGAGGAGACAUGAAAUCCUUCCUUCGAGAGUAUCGACCUAAACCGGGGCAACCAUCAACUCUCAGCAUGUUGGAUUUACUGAAUGUGGCUCGUGACAUUGCUCGCGGUUGUCAGUAUCUGGAGGAGAAUCACUUUAUCCACCGCGAUAUAGCUGCAAGAAAUUGCCUUCUCACUUUCAAAGGUACGGGAAGAGUGGCUAAGAUUGGAGAUUUUGGAAUGGCUCGUGAUAUAUACAGGGCUAGUUAUUACAGAAAGGGUGGUCGUGCCAUGCUCCCAGUGAAAUGGAUGCCACCAGAGGCCUUCAUGGAAGGAAUAUUUACUUCAAAAACAGAUACUUGGUCCUUUGGAGUGUUACUGUGGGAAAUCUUUUCACUUGGGUACAUGCCAUAUCCCAGCAAGAGUAACCAGGAAGUGCUGGAGUUUGUCACAAGUGGUGGUCGAAUGGAUCCACCCAAAAACUGCCCUGGUCCUGUGUAUCGAAUAAUGACUCAGUGUUGGCAGCACCAGCCUGAAGACAGACCUAACUUUGCAACAAUAUUGGAAAGAAUUGAUUAUUGCACACAGGAUCCUGAUGUAAUAAACACUUCCUUGCCUGUAGAAUAUGGGCCUCCAGCGGAAGAAGAAGGAAAUGUUCCCGUGCGCCCAGAUGAUCCUGAUGGACUAGCGCCUCUUUUAGUUUCACCAGCACAAGAAACCGAGAGCCAAGGAGCAUCCACUGACCUCGCCCUGCCACCCCAGCGUCCAACCAACCUCUGCCUUGGUGAACAUCGGGUCAAAUUUGUUCCCAACGAUUCUGCCGUUGUACAUACUGGAGGGCCAGCUGAGGAUGGGUCUCAUGUCAACAAGACGUACUCACAAAUGAACAACUCUUCUGCUUUGCAACAAGGUAGGGGCUCCCGGAAAAAACCUACCAACCUCUGGAACCCUACAUAUGGGUCAUGGUUCACAGAAAAACCUAUCGUGCAAAACAACAAUACUUUGACUGACAACAGACCACCAGAAAGGGAAGAUUCUGGUUUCCAUGCCAGUGGCAGUUCUUCUACUACCAUCCCAAAUUCCAGGCCACAGGCCUCUGCUGUUGUAUUAGAACCUUCUUCUCUUGUCGCCAAUACAUUGGAUGUGCCUCUAUUCCGCCUGCAGCAUUUUCCUUGUGGGAAUGUGAGUUAUGCAUUCCAGCAGCAGCAGCAACAACAGGGAUUGUCUCUGGAAGCUACGUCUGUUUGUGCUACUCGUAAAGAAGAUUACAACUCACAUAUUAGUAAAGGUUUACCUGCUCAGCAGGACCCACGUGUUCACCCGGUUGCCAAUAUACCCACUUGGGACUCAGGACUCUCUCUCGCAGAGGAUGUAAAUGUCACUAUACUGUAA